AUGGAUUUUAUUAAAAAGAAGAUAUGGGGACCAGACCCGAAAGAACAGAUGAGAAAAUGUAAUUCUCUUUUACGGAAAAAUAAGAACCAACUAGAUCGUAGCAUCAACGGUCUCAACCCUUUAAUCAAGAAGACAGAGCUGUUGAUCAAACAGUCUGUGAAGAAAAAUGAUGUGAAGUCUGCUAAAUUAUACGCCAAAGAGCUAAUCAAUAUCAAAAAGCAAAAGUCUCGACUUGUGACAUCAAAAGCUCAUUUGGAUUCCAUAGGGAUGCAAAUCAACGAAUCAUUCACGAUGUUGAAACUCCAAGGCAAGAUAAGUAGUACUACAGGGAUCAUGAAGGAAGUGAAUACUUUAGUACGUCUUCCAGAACUCACGGGAACCAUGAAUCAGUUACAACAGGAAUUGAUGAAGAGCGGGAUCAUCAAUGAGAUGAUUGAAGACACGGUAGAUGGGUUUGCGGAAAUGGACGACGAGUUUGAAGAAGAGGCCGAAGAAGAGAUUAACAAAGUGAUUGCUGAUGUUACCAAUGUUAAAUUGGGUGAGAUUGGUAAUGUGCCAGAAGGUGGUUUGGACACAGGGUUGCAAGAGGAUGCUGAAAAGCAUGACGAGAUGGUGGCGGAAGGAAUGGAUGGUGAUGAUGCGUUAGAUGAAAUGAGAGAAAGACUAAGAGCAUUACAGGAAUGA